UCCGUGCCGUCAAUCACAUUGUCAAGGAAACAAUUGACGCACAACUCAACUUAAAAUAAAAGUUCAGAAAGUGAAAAUUUGCUAAAAGAAACAUUUAUCUGUUUGGUGCCUUAUUGAUAAAGUGGUAGUGCUAUCUUCUUCUCAAUUCAAAAUGAUAUCGAGGUAAUUAAGGAGUUUGGUCAAGUUGAACACGCAAACCAUCUUCGGGUUAUAGUGAAAAAUCGAUAUGAAUUUUCUGAGAGGGAAUUCUUAUCUGUUAGGACGUGUUUGGAGUCACAAUUGUUUUAUGUAGCUUCGGGGAGGCAAUAUCAAUCACAAUUAAGAGCCCCCCACUUUUACGUUGAUAAUGUUCACGUAAAUCUGCUGAAUAAUCUUAAAUUCAGGGAUGGAGAGAGUGACCCACUCGAGUUGGUGUAAUGACCUUGCGGCGCACAGACAUUGUUGGUCAGAAGAUUUGGCCGGUGUGGAGGGAAGACCAUUGUGACGUAAGGCGCGUAAAGAGAUGGGAAAUUCCUCCACAUAGCCACUCGACCUGGUCAGUCACUCUCCAGCUCUGCACUGAUCACCAUCAAGUCUUUUUGUCCGUCCCUAGUUCUCAAUGCCGGUCCAAUCUCUCACUCCAUUCCUCGCCAAAAGUGAACGCGUGUUCUCUUAAACACAAUUAUCCAAAGUCUUUCCGUUAGACUCAAACAAUACCCAUGUCGUGCCUUUUCACAAAGUGCUAAGAAAGUGUAACGAUUUUUUAUUUUAUCUUCUGGUCACAUCAAAUUCCCCACAUCCCAAAAACAAAAGCAGAUCCAACCUGCAGAGGCUCAUUCGGCAAAUCAUCUCUGUUCAUCAGGAAAUCCAUUUCGGAAGACUUAGAUUGGCCAAUUCUGCCACAAUGGGCUCCAUCAAUUGCAAAAAUUUCUCUUCCACUAAAACAGCUGAUGAGGACGUUGAUUCUCCAGCAGAGCCUAAAUCAAAACCAGCCAGCCCAUCAUCGAGUAUGGAUCGUGACCUAGGCGUGGAUUUCGUGGAAGGAGUCGUGUGUUCCGAGGGAGACAUCAAGGAAAAUGAGAUGAAGCAAUUUGACCUCACAGACGCGGGCAAAGUUCUCCUGGUGCGACAGAAUGGAAAACUCUCAGCUCUGGGCACAAAGUGCACUCACUACGGUGCUCCCUUGUCCAGUGCGGCCCUCAGCAAUGGUCGUUUGAGAUGUCAGUGGCACGGAGCCUGCUUCAAUCUCACCACCGGAGACAUUGAGGACUUCCCUGGACUCGAUUCCUUGCCUUGUUACCAAGUAACCGUGGAAGGUGGACAAGUCAAAGUCCGUGCUAAACGCUCAGAGCUGGAGUCCAACAAGAGAGUCAAGGAGAUGGCAAAACGUGAUCCGAAUAACAAUAAAACCUUUGUGAUUGUAGGCGCUGGACCAUCGGGAGUGACAUGUGCUCAGACGCUGAGAGAGGAAGGAUUUACAGGGAGAAUUGUGAUGCUCAGCAAGGAGAGCGUUCUACCGUACGAUCGAGUGAAAGUGAACAAGGCUAUGGAUUCGAAGUUGGAGACAAUUCUGCUGAGGCAGCAGGAAUUCUACGAUUCGAAUGAUAUCGAGGUGAUGUUGGAAGUUGAAGCUACGAAACUUGAUACUAAGGAUCAAACGGUAUCCUGUAGCAAUGGCUACAUCAUCAAGUACGAUAAGAUCUACAUUGCUACGGGAUCAAAGGCACGGAAACACAACUGUCCUGGAUCUGAUCUGCCUAAUGUCUUUACAAUCCGGGACUUUGCGGACGCCCAGAAGAUCAUUGGACAAAUGACCGAUCAGACGCACGUAGUUGUACUAGGAGUUAGUUUCAUUGGGCUAGAAGCUGCAGCCUACUGUGCUGGAAAGGUUGCUAAGGUGACAAUUGUCGGCCGAGGAUCAGUUCCCUUAGAACCGAUUUUCGGCACUGAGAUCGGAACUAGGAUAAUGCAAAUGUUUCGGGAGAAGAAGGUUCAAUUUGCCAUGAACAGCGGGAUUGAUAGAUGCCUAGAACAGGAUGGGAAACUCUGUUCUGUUCAACUGGCGGACGGACAGAUAAUCCGGGCGGAUAUUUGUAUAAUGGGAACGGGAUCAACUCUCUACACGGACUUCAUGAAAACUUCCGGCGUUGAGUUGAAUCCCGACGGAUCUGUCGACACGGACCUCUUCCUCGAGGCCAAUGUCCAGAACGUUUACGUCGGCGGUGACAUUGCCAAUGCUCCUGUCUACUCAAUUGGCCUAGAUCGCGCUACAAUCGGCCACUAUGGCCUAGCACAGUACCACGGAAGGAUUGCCGCUCAGAAUAUGGCCGGAAAGCGAACACAGCUCAAAGCCGUUCCUUAUUUCUGGACCGUUCUCUUUGGCAAAUCCUUCCGUUACGCCGGUUACGGCCGUGCCCACGAGAUUCGUGUCAUUGGCAGCCUACCCGACCUCAAAUUCGUCGCCUAUCACUUUGACGAAUCCGGCAAAGUGAUUGGCGUCUGUUCAUGCAAUCGAGACCCAGUAGUCUCGCAAUUUGCCGAAUUCCAGAUGCAAGGUAAAACUCUUCGCAAGGAAGACCUUGAAAACGAUCCAUUCGCCUGGACAGCCACCGUUUCAACGUGUCAGAAGAUGCAAUGAAUAUGCAUUUCACUCUAACCUCAAUCUUUAUCUUUUUUUUAAUGUAAAUAUUCCGUGGAAUUUCUAAUUUAUAAAAAAAUCUACUGUUUCCUCAUUUUUUCCUCGAACAAACAUCCAUCGAGCAGUAUUGUUAAUUAUUAAAUGUGUUACAAAACAAAUUUAAAUAAAUUAUUGCAAGUUU